AUGGCGAUGGCGAAUGCUUCCUACGAGCUGCCUCCGCUCCCUGACUACACACUCCAACCGCUUCCUCCCCUGCUACCCUGGAUCUCCGAUGCGCACCUUGCCCUUGCUCUGCCCAUCAUAGGGUAUUGGGCGCUCUCAGGCUUCUUCCACCUCAUUGACGUAUACGACCUCUUCCCGCAAUACCGGUUACACACUCCCGCCGAGGUCCUCAAGCGCAACCAUGUUUCGAGAUGGGAGGUCUUCCGCGACGUCAUUAUACAGCAGGUUAUCCAGACCAUGUUCGGGUUGUUGAUGAACAUGUUUGACGAGGAGCCUAUGUUCGGCAAGGACGAUUAUAAUGUGGCGUGGUAUGCUCAGAAGAUCCGACUGGCGCAGCGAGCGAUACCCGUGUGUCUCGCAAUGGUCGGGCUGAAUCCGACCGCUCUGGCUUCCAAGGUAGCUGGUUCCCAGCCCAUGAUUGCAGGAGCCUUGGCUGGGGGUCGGUAUCCGGGGCUGUACGAGGUUGCGAGGAUUGGAGGCGUGGAGACAGUCGUGCCUACAUUCGCAUUAUGGGAGAUGCUCGUGGCGAAGAUUUUGUACUGGUACGCCGUUCCGGCUCUGCAGUUCCUAGCCGGUAUCCUUGCGGUGGAUACCUGGGAGUACUUCCUGCACCGCGCCAUGCACAUGAACAAGUGGCUAUACGUGACAUUCCACUCGCGCCACCACCGCCUCUACGUCCCCUACGCCUACGGCGCCCUCUACAACCACCCCUUCGAAGGCUUCCUCCUCGACACCCUCGGCACGGGCCUCGCCUACCUCCUCACGGGCAUGACGGUCCGCCAAUCCAUCUGGUUCUUCACCGGCUCGACCCUCAAGACGGUCGACGACCAUUGCGGCUACGCGCUCCCCUUUGACCCCCUGCAGCACAUGACGAGCAACAACGCCGCGUAUCACGAUAUCCACCACCAGAGCUGGGGCAUCAAGACGAAUUUCUCGCAGCCGUUUUUCACGUUCUGGGAUCGGUUUUUGGGGACCAGGUGGAAUGGGGAUGUGAAGCUCAAGUAUGAACGUAGUCGGCAUGUUGCACAGCAGAAGAUGGAGCAGGAGAGGGAGAAUGAGGGGAGGGGUGGUGUUGUGGGGGUGGAGGGAGAGGAGGCUGUGAGCUCGAAUGGGAGUGCGAGUGCGAGUGCGAGGGUGCAGGUGAAAGCAGCUGCGGCGCCGUUGUUGUCGGCGAGGAAGAAGUCGUCGAGUAUUUCGCAGUCGCCGUCGGGGAAUCUGAAGGGUUUACGGACCAAAGUAAAUGAGAGUUUGCAUGGGCGGGGAGCUAAUGUCUUGGGCGUGGAGAGGAGUCAUUAA